GUGUGUGCACAUUGGGACCCCGUGUGGUGAUAUUUACCAUCCGGUGCCCACCUUUCUCUUGCUUGUUUUUCCUUUCUUUCUAACUGAGAUGUUGCAAUGUUCCGUGCUGUCUUACAAAACGUGGAUUUGUGUUGGGUGAUUUUUUUCUACUUAGUUUUUACAUCUGGUUGUAGAUCAGCCAAUGCAGACAGCUGUCAUGAGGUGAAGAGAGCAUACAUGAUGCGCCAAAUAGGCCAGGUGGAACUGGUGCCAGACAGCCCCCAAACAGAUAACUCUCUCCGAGUGUGUGUCCACUCUGGGCCGGGGUGCUGCACCAGUAAGAUGGAGGACAGUUACAUGGCUGCUGUUCGCAGCGAGACUCAGCAGAAGAUUCGAUCCUACAGCUUCGAGCUCAAGUACCUGAUUGCUGGACACAGCAAAGCCUACCAAGACACCUUUGAUUCGCUCGUGUCCUUUACGUCUAAUUUGACAAGCACCUUGCUUGAUAGCGCCUAUUCCAGCCUCGCAUCGGACUGUCGGCCCCAUGUGCUUCAGCUUUUCAAUGACAUUAAUCGCCAUCUUUCGGGGGAUCCUAAUUCCUUACUGGAAAAUGCAGUUAGGAGUUUCUUCAAUGAUCUCUUCCCACUGGUCUACCGCCGACUUCUCAACCCUGGUAUUGGCCACACGUCACCCCAGUCUUUUUCGUCUUCCUCCUCAUCCAGUCACGAAGACUGCCUGCGGAUGACACGGCAGGACGUCAGUCCAUUUGGCCCCCAUCCUCAACUGCUGGUCUCCAGCCUUUCUCAUGCGCUUGGAGUAGGCCGAACACUGAGUCAAUUGCUAAGAUUGGCUGGGGAUGUCAUGGAUGCAACGGAAAAGGCACCAUUAUCCAGAGAAUGUGGGCGGGGCUUAGUGAGGAUGCAGUAUUGCUCCCAUUGCAGGGGUCUGACGUUGAUCAGGCCCUGUACUGGACUCUGUGUUAAUGUUAUGAGAGGAUGCCUGGUUGGGAUAUCAGAGCUUGCUGCACCCUGGAGAAGUUUGGUCAUAUUGCUCCAACGGUUAGCUGCUACUUUAGCAACCAGCAGCAACCACAACAGCAUGGAGCUAGCGUUGUUAGCGGUCCGGAACCAUGUGAAUGAUGCCAUCCUGCACGCCCAGCUGCAUGGUCCACGCAUCACCGCUAUUGUAGAGAAGGUGUGUGGGCCACAGGUAGCUGAUCCCAUGAUGAUAAGUGGGUAUCCGAACUCCUCACAUGAUACAACACCUACUGCCCGGCUCACACAAAGAACCUCAAAGAGGGUGUCCAUGACUUCUCUCUCAAUGGGCUCUGGUGCUUAUCCAAGUCUUCAGCUACAGUCUCAAAGGUCAUUCCCUCUCAAAGGAUCAAGAGGUGACAAGAGCCGUAGUCUUAAGAAAUUAUCAAGGGAGUUUGAGGGCUCUAUCCAGCGAUAUCAGUUGUUUUUCUCAGAGCUACCUGAGAUGCUUUGUGAAAGUGAGAUGGAGGUUGAGCAGCACACGUGUUGGAGUGGUCAAGAUGUUGUAGAGAGUUAUGCAGGUCGUGUGGUUGGCAGCACUUUAAAAGCCCAGAGGGACAACCCAGAAAUGACUGUCCGUAAUCUGAAUCCUGUCCUAAGGGCGGCCAAACAACGAUUGGAGCACUUAACACAGGAACUUUUAGUGGAGCUUGGCUGGGCACACAAAGCCAUAGGAAAGGAUGAGGAAGAGGACGGAGGGAGUGCAGAAACAGACACAGGCAGUGGAAACGAUUGUGACGAUGAAGACGGCUGCGAAGCAUCUGGUGAGGUGAAAGGUAUUGACACCGAUGAUUUAUCCAGUGGUCACAGUCCAGUGAUGAAGGACAGAGCGCCUCUUCGUCCUCCUCAUCACCGCAUUCCUCCUCAUCUCAACUCUCCCCCACUGGUGCCUGUUACCGGUUCAGCCAGCAUGCUAACUGUUGAACUACUACAUUUGAGCCUGGUGACUGUCCCGUUGCUGCUGUCACCAUGGUAACCCCGUUGACAUCUGAGUGACAGCUUCAGGGACUGAGAAACAGCCACUUUCUAUGUGUGGUUGUUUAGUGUUUAAAAUAACUUUGAGCACAGUUCGGCCACUCACUGUUACUUUGUGGACAACAACGAUGAUUGAUGAUGAUGAUGGAAGAUGGACGACUGAGUGAGCGUGAGCAUUUUAUAUUACCUGCACUGACCUCAUGUGUGCUCACUUGUAUUUAACUUUCAUAGCAUAGAUGGCACAGCACUACUUUUUUUCAAGAGGUGUAAAUACAAAUCUAUAUAUUAUAUAUUUAUAUAAAGAAUUUAUGUAGAUGGAUUUUUGUAUAAAUAGUGCUUAAUAUAGAAGACAGCAGACUGAUUUGUAGAUAUUAAUUGCAUUUUUUUUAUCAUCCACUGACAAGACAGCUAUAGUUAGUAGUCAUAGUAGCAUAGUCACUAUUAACACGACAGUGAUGAUUGAUUAAUUAAUGCAAAAGAAGACAGAGACCCAGACAUUGCUACGAAAAGGUGUGGAACAUGUUUUCAAAAUAGGGAAAACCGCCAUUCACAGUGCUUUUAUACUUGUACUUAUGUCAAAUAAUUUAAGCAUAAGUCUGUCCACGCAAUUCCAACUACCAUUUUCUUUACAAGCAUGAUAAAUGCUUGUAUGCUUCUAAAAUGUGGGAUGCAUACGCCUUUUACUUAAAUUAACGCACAAAAUUGUACCUCCUCCAACAAAUGGCUUAUUAGUAGUGAAGUCUCUCAGUUGUCUCUCAGAAGAAGUUUUACUUUUCUUGUCAUAGAACUCAAUGACUAUUUUCUUCUCAGUUUUAUAUGAACCUACUGUACUUUAUAUCGGGAUGACAACACAACAUCCCUCUUCAUCAAAACGUUAAACAUAUGCAUACUGAAGAAUAACAUGCACUCCGUAGAAGAAAGGACAUUAAAUAAUUAGGACAGGUAGCUAUUCAGGGUAAAACACAGCCAUCUGUCUGACAAAUUUGUCUGCAUUACAGUCAUGUUUUCUUUUAUUUCAAUGGCUGGCUGGUUUCCAAAAUGAAUUAAUAAAACACCAGGGAGAGGUAUUUGUCAGACUCAGCCAACAUAAAAAGGCUUUUCCUCAAAUUUGGUGAACUUUAUCAGCUUGUCCUAGUUUUCCAGAAUACAAUGGAGCAUAAUUGAAGUCACACUGAAUCUAUAUAUGGUAAUAUAAAUUGAAUGUAAUUCACAUUAAUUAGGAUUAUUCCAGCCUUCUGGGUCUUUGUUGCGUUCCCAAACUGUGCACAGCACAAGUGGAAUGCUGAUGAAUAUAUUCAAAAGACUUGCAAGUUAACCAACAGAAGGACACUUUGCAUAUCUGUCAGUGGGUGACUGACUUUCUUCUUAAAGGUAUCACACUGUUCUGCAUGUAUUAUCGUACUGGGAGUACUAACAUGACUAUCAAUGAUUUACCAGAGAUGCAUGUAGAAUCAUUUCUGCUCCUGAAAGUCAACCUGCCAAUACUAUCAAAAAUAAUAAAUGUCUGGCUCUGAAUUAAUUAGCCCACAUUUCAUUUGAUGUUCACAAAUUAGGUGAUUGAAACUGUUUGCCCAUAUUAUAUUUCAUGUUCAAGCCACACAUCUUUUAACAGGUGACUCCAUGACUAAAAUACCAUUACCAUUAUCAUAAAAUACCUGGACACAACACAGCAUGUUAAAUUCAACUUAAAUUGAUUUGUUUGUUUGAUUGAUGGAGGCACAGUGAACAACUGGUUAGCACAUCUGCCUCACAUUUCUGAGGACCGGGGUUCGGAUCCCGGCCUCGUCUGUGUGGAGUUUGCAUGUUCUCCCCGUGCCUG